AUGUACCAAUGGAACCAUGGCCUGAAUGAAUACUUCAAAGGAAAAUCAGACGACGAUAUUCAGCGACUGUACGGCACGUUCCCUUCUGUUGAUCAAUCGCCAAGUCUUCCGGUGCAAUCUGCCAAGUCGCUAAUGCUACUGCCGCGGAAUUUUGACUCCAGAGAAAAAUGGCCUUACUGCAAGUCGAUGAGGCAAAUACGAGACCAGUCGAGCUGCGGCUCCUGCUGGGCUGUCUCAUCUGCAUCAGUUAUGUCGGACAGGGAGUGCACUGCGUCUUCCGGGCGUUUACAGCCGUACUUGUCUGAUGAAUACAUCAAUGCUUGUUGUCCAGGUUGCUUUGGGUGUCGAGGAGGAUGGCCUGAAUUAGCUUUCCGUUUCUGGGUGAAAAACGGUGUUCCGACAGGAGGACCUUAUGGUUCAGUCGACUCUUGCCAGCCUUACUCCAUUCAAUGCAAGAACUGUGUGGUAAAAACUCCUCGUUGUGAGCAGCACUGCAUCCCAACAUAUGCAAUUCCUUUGACAACGGACAAAUAUUAUGGCGAAAGUGCAUACAUCGUUCGCGGAGGUAUUCCAGCUUAUAUGGAAGAAAUUUUCAAAAACGGACCGGUCGUUGCGUCGUUUAAAACUUAUGAAGAUAUUCAUUAUUACAAAAGUGGAGUUUAUCAGCAUCUGUGGGGUAAGCGACGCGGCGCUCAUGCUGUCAGAGUGAUUGGCUGGGGUAUCGAAGAUGGCGUACCGUAUUGGCUUGUUACGAAUUCUUGGAAUACAACAUGGGGCGAGAAAGGUACGUUUAAAAAUUGA